AAACAAAUAAGUGAAAACGAAAAGAAACUAGAAUAUGACAGACAGACAAAGAAACUAAAUGAGUUAAACGUAGAGAAAAAGAAGAAAGAAGAACAACUGAAAGAACUAAGUACAGAGGAAUAUGCGAAAAAAGUGUCAGAAAAAGCAGCAGAAGUAGCAAAAAUGGAACAAGAUGUUAUAAAUUUGAAAAACCAUACUACUCAAUAUAAAGUACUGAAAGAUGAAGAGAUAAAACAAAAAGCCAUGAAGACAUAUAUGGAUAGCGAUGAGUAUAAAAAAGAAGUUGAAGCAAAUGUAAAGGCAGAAAAACUUUUACAGUUGCAAAACCAAACCGUACAGUAUGAAAACUUAGCACAAGAAAGUAAAAAUAACGACGCAGCCAUGCAAAAGGCAAUGAAAAGCGCAGAAUAUAUAAAAGCUAAUAAUGACUGGUUAGAUGCCCAAGCCAACGCUAAAGCAGCCCAACUUAUAGGGUCAAUAAGGACAAAAAUACAAGCGGAUGAAGACAGUUCAAAUGAAGCUUUAAUGAAUGCUGACUUUAAGAACGCCUUCGAAGCUCUUCAUAGUAAGGUGAAACUAGUGAACGACUUCUCAUCUGGAAAGAAACUGAAGUCUGAAGGUUUCGACAAAGAGUUAAGAGAAGUAGCACAAAAUAUGACGAAAAUAACAGAUGCAGCAACGAGACAGGCAGUUCAAAGUGCCUAUGACGCCGUUAGAGCAACUGUUGUGGAAAGUCAAGAAAAAGAGUUACAACAGACCAAAACAGACCUAGUAAAUGCUUUCUUA